GCGUCACGUCCCGCGCGCCGGAAGUCAUCUUGUCAUGCCGUGCAGUGACCUUCCUGCUUACAUGUGAGAGUAGCCGGGCCCGGGAUGAUGCUGAGGGGUCUCCUGCUGACCUGUGGGAGGAGGCGGCCCGGGAUCAGGCUCCUCUCGUCUUCCUCCUCGGAGCCGGCCGUUCCUCCCAACCUCAUUCUGCCUUCUGGAUUAAAGGACGGACCCAUCAAAUUCCAGCGCCCCUCGGUGGACCUCUCUCGGCCCGUGGUGCGAGUGUGUAAGAUCCCAGUGCCCCCUCACCUAUCUGCCCAGACAGUCUGGUUGGAAACGCUGAAUGAACAGGAGGAUGAACCAAAGAGCCUGGUCCAGCUGCACCCCGAUGUGUUUGAUGUCCCCCCCAGGAUUGAUAUACUUCACCAAGUGAUAACCUGGCAGCGAAACUUCAAAAGAAUUAGUUACGCCAAGACGAAGACUCGAGCAGAGGUGAGAGGAGGAGGGCGGAAGCCCUGGGCACAGAAGGGCACGGGGCGAGCACGACAGGGAAGCAUCAGGUCUCCUCUGUGGAGAGGAGGUGGAGUAGCGCACGGUCCCCGGGGCCCUACCAGCUACUAUUACAUGUUACCCAUGAAGGUCCGUGCUCUGGGCCUGAAGACUGCACUCACCACAAAGCUCGCCCAGAAUGACCUUUACAUUAUUGACUCCAUCGAGAUUCCCUCCCCAGACCCUCAGUACCUCGUGGAUCUCUUUAAUCGGCGUCACUGGGGGGAGUCCGUUCUAAUCGUUGAUGUCAAUGAAGACAUGCCGGAAAAUAUUUUCAGUGCAACAGUCGACUCAAAGAAAAUAAAUCUAAUUCCAGCCAUAGGUAUGAACGUCUACAGCAUGCUGAAGCAUGAUACCAUCCUGCUGACUAUCGGAGCUGUGGAUUUCCUGGAAGAAAAAUUACUGUGGCAAGAUUCCCGUUACACGGCCCUGUACCCAUUCAAAUUACCGUACAGCGACUUUCCCUGAACACGCGCGGCUCAGCAUUUUGUAUAUACUAUUACAUUUCAAUAAAAAUGAAGAAAAUCUC